CCUACGAGAGGGAGGCGAGAAAGAAGAGUAUGUUGACCCAGCUAUGGAAGGUCGGGUGAGGUCAGAUCUUAGGGCUGCCCACCUCAACUUUGACCCCCUGCAAGGUCAAGAUUCUGGCAGAUAUAGAUGCCGAGUGGACUUCAAGGUGUCACCGACCUUGUUCGCCCUCGUCAACCUUACUGUGUACGUGGUACCAUCUCGCCUGGUGGUACUGGAUCAGAGUAACCGGCCGGUGUCGUCAGGACUCCUGGGACCGCUGAUGGAGGGUCAUCCACUCACACUUCAGUGCGUCGCUACAGGAGGUCGGCCUACACCCGAAGUAACGUGGUGGCGAGGGUCAGUCCUCCUCAGUAACAGCAGCAGCAGUAGCAGCAGCAGCAGUAACAGCCAGCUGCUGAGCCCCGAGGGUUCACCUGGCCGCCUCUCCGCAAGCACCACGCCCACGGGGAUGGGCGUGAAGCAGGUGCGGGCGGAGUUGAGCAUCCCCGCCCUCACAAGAGACUACCUACACGCCAACCUCACUUGCCGGGCCUCCAAUAACAACAUUACUGAACCUCUCUCCACCUCCCUCAACCUCCUUCUCUAUUUAUGGCCCCAGACGGUGGAGAUCAAGACGACAGAGGCACCGCUGGUGGCUGGCCAGCAGACCAGGCUGGAGUGUGUGGCUGUGGGCGGCUACCCUGCUGCCGCCCUCGUCUGGACCCUCACACCUGCCCACGCCACCCACACCACCACCCUCCCCUCCACCUGGCGGCAAGUGGGUGACCAGACAUCGUCCUGGGUGAGGGUGGUGCCAAGUGCUGAAGAUCACCUAGCCGCCCUCACCUGCACCGCCCACAACCCCAACAUCACCACUACCACCCACCCAGGCCUCACCACCACCAUCACCCUUCAUGUUCUCUUCGCGCCGCUGGUGAAGCUUGAGCUGGGGGCCAACCUGGGGUCACUACCCAUCACCGAGGGCAAAGACGUCUACUUCGAGUGCGAGGUCAGAGCCAACCCUCCAGCCAGGGAGGUCAUCUGGAGGAAGGAUGGUGUUCGAGUGAACAACGACCGUAAGGGCGGGGUGCUGGUAUCUGAGAGGAACUUAGUCCUGCAGAUGGUGCGUCGAACCUCAGCUGGUGACUACACCUGCUCCGCCACCAACACCCAGGCUACCACCACCAGCAACACACUCCACCUUAGUAUCAGAUAUUUGCCAGUAUGUGUGGAGGAGGCGCAGACAGUUGCGGUGGCAGAGGGGGAGAACACCCGCCUCUCUUGCAAGGUGGACGCACAACCUGACGAUGACCUCACCUUCACCUGGGUCUUCAACAACACACUCGACACAGUCGAGGUUGAGCAAGAAGGCUUCAGCGUCCUCCCAGGGCUCAGCGUACUCGAUUAUACCCCGAGGUCAGGACGGGACUAUGGGACUCUGUCGUGUUGGGCUACCAAUGAGGUGGGCACGCAGGCGGACCCCUGCAAGUUCACCAUUGUAGAGGCAGGUCCCCCCGAGCCCGUUGGGAACUGCGUGUUGGUGAACUUGACAGUGGGAAGCCUGGAGGUUGGGUGUACCCCUGGUAGUGACGGUGGGCUGCCACAGAGGUUUGUUGCAAGGGUAUACGCCUCGCCCACCCACACCCUGGUGGCCACCCUGCAGGAGGACGCUCCAAGGUUCCACGUAGGAGGACUCACCCCUGGCCAGGACUACCUCAUCACUAUCACCGCCGUCAACGCUAAGGGCGCCAGCCUCCCGGAGGAGAUUGAUGCAGUCCGCCUCAAGGUGGCAGAGAAGAGGAUGGGUGAAGCAAGUGGAGCGACCCUGUCACCGCUGGUGGGUGUGUUCCUGGGUCUGGUGGGUGGCUUCCUGCUGCUGCUGCUGCUGGCUGUUGUUCUCACCCGCACCAGGUCCAACAGAUGCAGAUGCUGGGGCAACAGAGGGAAUACUGAAGAUGUGACUUCCAGUAUGUCUCCCCCGCCCACAACGACCACGGCCGCCCACGCCCACACUCACGCCCCCACCCGUGGCCUUCACGACAACGACGGUGAGAGAGCGGCGCCUGAUGUUCUUAGAACCAUCAAUGAAACAGCUGAGCUCUUGGACACUCACGUAUGUCCGGAAAUCAUACCUACGCGUGUGCCACCUCCGCCUUAUUCUCGCUCGCAGGCAGCACUGGUAGAAUCUCUGCAGGUAGCGCCGCUGUCUGCUGUCGCUACCCCUAGCUCUCCUGCAAGUGGUGGUGGCGGGUCAGGACUUCCUCUGUACAGGGACACAGGUAGCCCCCUUCACCUUCUCCAUGAUGAGAGCUUCGUGUAGGCGUGGCCAUCCCCCGCCCUCACGCCCACCACCACGCCCACCAGUGUUUUAUCCAGAGUGAAGUCGGAUUGAAGCUCUGAGGGGGGAGGUGGUGGUGUGGUGCGCGGGAGGUGCACACCUGCGCCUGUACAGAAGAACGUUGGUAAAGAAGGUGAAGGUUUAUUAGGGUCAGAUGUCUGGCCUUCUGGUGUGUGGGUGGGUGCCAUCCCUGGCCCUCCCUCACCUGCCACACUCGUCUCAUUCACACCGCCUCCUGUGUCGCAUAUGAUGUUUCCAGCAAGCUGGCCAAGCUAAAACAAUUGCAUACACAACCAGUGAUGGCGGCGAGAUGACUACAGGUAGUAGCCAGUGUAAAAACACGAGUAAUUUAUAUAGUCAAGAUAGACGAAUGAGUAUUGUUCAUGAGGCAGUGGUCAGGAGUAAGGCUUAACUAACGUGAUGCUGUGAUAUUGUUUAAGCCUAUAACUGAUGCUUAAAAUUGUGUUUCUGGUAAAUUACAAGGAAUUAAUAAAGUGUUUUGGCAGGCAUAUGCAAAAAGGUUAAAAGGUAUGAUAUAGAACUGUAUAGUUUUGUAUUGGCAAGGUUAUUUAAUGUUUUGUAUGGUUGAUGCCCAUAUGUAUUGUUCAUGGCAUUCGAGGUCACUAAGAACAAGGAUGCAGAUACGCCUGUUUGUCAGGAAAAGCGUGUCAUUUGCAAUGACAUGUUGAGAGGUUUCAUAACCAACUUGUAUUUACCUUCUCCAUCAGUAUAUAACAACCAACUCCAAGCAUUGCCCUCCUAAUGGCACCAUUAAGUUAAUAAAAGCUGAACAAACAGUUCUCAAGAGUCUUUAAUGGGAUACAAAUGAGGUUACCUGCUGGAGUGUGUCUGGUGAGUAGGUAUAAGUGAGGUCACCAGCACGAGUCUAUAGUGAGCAAGUAUGAGCGGGGUUACCUGCUGGAGAAUAUCUAGUAAGAAGAUACAAGGUCACUGCUGGACGGAAUCUAGUGAGCAGGUAUGAGCAAGGUCAGCAUGCUGGACGUGUGCUUCCGACGCAGCUGUGAUAUGGGUACCGUCCAUGUUAGUUGUCUACAUCAUGUAGCAGGAAACUUUGCAUUUCCUGCCACAUUAAUUUUAGCUACUACAUCACUAACAUUUUUUUUCAGUGCUGUUGAUUACCUCAGUGAAACUGUAGAGGAGGCAGCUGCAUUGUAAUUAACACAUAAUGGUGAAAUGUAUUAAAUUACCAAAGUGUGUAACUGGCAGUGUAAUUAACUGGAAGUAAACUAAUUUACCUUUGUUCUCCAACAGUAUAUAACCUUCAAAAUUAAUCUUUUAAUGAAGGUGAUUAUUGACUAUGUAAGCAGUUUUCGUUAGUAAAUUCACUAUGUGAAUGAUGAGUGAUUGCUAAAAAAAGUUAACUAUUUGCAAUGGCUAAAUUUCUGGUGGCAUUGUCUUGUUAGUAUUUGCCACCAAGUGCCUGGUCAGUGUCAUAUGAUCAGUAUGAUCAGGUAUGUCCAGGUAGAAACCAAAACAUUAGAGGCAGUCUAGCUAUGUAUGACUGUAAUUUGUGUGUAUAUAUAUACAUACACAGUACACAAAUACACACAAUACAUAUGCAUACUGUAAUUGUAUUCAUGGGGCAGUGCUAAACCCCUAGGGGAUGUGUACAGUAUAGUACAAAAAACUUAUUUAGAACGUGCAAUUUUGUCUCAUUAAUCAGUUAAUUUGCCAAACACUGAGUGAAUUCAUGGUUGCAGUAAUGCUGCAGAAACCAGUCUAAGCAUAAAGAAACUAAUAUAUUGAUGUUAAAUACAAAUCGCUAAAUUUAGGUUGACCUAAGAUAGGAAAUGUCUUGGUGCUGAAGGGCUCUUUAUCCAAGAAGUUAGAUGUACUCUCACUUUUCUCAGAUCAAACCUGAUUAUUUUCCAUCCCACAUGCUGGAUGACCUACGAGUUUAGCAUCUUCCUCUGAAUAUAAUACCUUAUGUUAAUUUUAGGAAAAUUCAAUGAGGUAGGUAAGGUUGAGGUGCAAAAUUAUUUUUAUACCUUGUUAAUUACCAAGAAUAUAUCUAUCAAUGUACAGGAUAAUUUUCCUUAAAUAUUAUUAUUGGGCAGUUCAGCUGAUUUCACAGACUGCCUUAAAAGCAAUGCUUGUGCACACAAAAUUAUAAAUCGUGUGUGUGUAUCAUAUACAGAUAUUUAUUUUUAUUUAUUAAUUUAUUUUGCUUAAAUGUUACAGCUGGUUCUUUGUAUUGCUGAAGUUGUUUUUGAAUACAAAAUAAACCCAAAGAUAGACGAUGCCAUUUCUCUUCUGCCUUUGGGCUUGGUGAAACUGCUCCAAGAAAGAAUGUAAUGUCUGUCUGUGCUGCUCACUAACACAAUACUACAUGCAGAAAGAAGACUGGUGAUGUAAUAUAGACUGGGAAGACAGAAGCUGAAAAUUUUGAGCAGGAAAAAAUUCAUAAGGUAAGCAGAGUAGGGAAUUAGGGUAAGAUAUAAACAACUAUUGGAGGAUAGAUGGUCUAGUAAGAGUAUAGGCAAUGGGGUCGAAGAUGUAUGGGUUAGGUUUAAAAAUGUAGUGUUAGUGUUCACCAGAAGUUUGUGGUUACAGGAAAGUGUGUGCGGGAGGGAAGAAAAGCGAUUGGUGGAAUGAUAAUGUAAAGAGAGUAGUAAGGGAGAAAAAGUUAGCAUAUGAGAGAUUUUUUACAAAACAGAAGUGAUGCAGGGUGGAAAGAGUAUGUGGAGAGAAAGAGAGUGGUGCAGCAAUGUAAAAAGAGAGCAAAUGAGAGACUGGGUGAGAUGUUAUCAACAAAUUUUGUUGAAAAUAAGAAAAAAGUUUUGGAGUGAGAUUAAUAAGUUGAGGAAGCCUAGGGAACAAGUGGAUGUGUCAAUUAAAAAUAGGAGAGGAGAGUUAUUAAAUGGAAAGUUAGAGGUAUUGGGAAGAUGGAGGUAAUAUUUUGAGGAAUUGUUAAAUGUGAUGAAGAUUGGGAAGCUGUGAUUUCGUGUAAGAAAACCCUUACUGUCGCUCAUUCAGUCAGUCUUGCCAGAAGGGCACUGACAUCCCUGUUCAGGUGACUCUCAAAACCACAUCAUCUCCACCCCUCCUCAAGGGUGAGGCACAUAGUUCCUUGUAGAUACAGUACAUUCAUUUGAAUGUUUAUCAAAACUGUCUUAAAUUUCAACCAAAGCAAUAUUUACAUAAUUUUUUAACAUUUGUGAAAAGUAAUUGAUAAAACUAAUAAUUCCUUAAUUUUUUUUCAACAAGUCGGCCGUCUCCCACCGAGGCAGGGUGACCCAAAAAGAAAGAAAAUCCCCAAAAAGAAAAUACUUUCAUCAUCAUUCAACACUUUCGCUUUACUCACACAUAACCACUGUCUUUGCAGAGGUGCUCAGAAUACAACAGUUUAGAAGCAUAUACGUAUAAAGAUACACAACAUAUCCCUCCAAAUUGCCAAUAUUCCAAACCCCUCCUUUAAAGUACAGGCAUUGUACUUCCCAUUUCCAGGACUCAAGUCCGGCUAUAUAAAAAUAACCAGUUUCCCUGAAUCCCUUCACUAAAUAUUACCCUGCUCACAUUCCAACAGCUCGUCAGGUCCCAAAUACCAUUCGUUUCCAGUCACUCCUAUCUAACACGCUCGCGCACGCUUGCUGGAAGUCCAACCCCCUCGCCUACGAAACCUCCUUUACACCCUCCCUCCAACCUUUUCGAGGACGACCCCUACCCCGCCUUCCUUCCCCUACAGAUUUAUACGCUCUCCAUGUCAUUCUACUUUGAUCCAUUCUCUCUAAAUAACCAAACCACCUCAACAACCCCUCUUCAGCCCUCUGACCAAUACUUUUAUUAACUCCACACCUUCUCCUAAUUUCCACACUCCGAAUUUUCUGCCUAAUAUUUACACCACACAGGACAUCUCCACUGCCUCCAACCGCCUCCUCGCUGCAACAUUUACAACCCAAGCUUCACACCCAUAUAAGAGUGUUGGUACUACUAUACUUUCAUACAUUCCCUUCUUUGCCUCCUUGGAUAACUUUUGUCUCCACAGAUACCUCAACUCGCCACUCGCCUUUUUUCCCUCAUCAAUUCUGUGGUUAACUUCAUCCUUCAUAAACCCAUCUGCUGACAAGUCAACUCCCAAGUAUUUGAAAACAUUCACUUCUUCCAUACUCCCUCUCUCCAAUUUGAUAUCCAAUUUUUCUUUAUCUAAAUCAUUUGAUACCCUCAUCACCUUACUCUUAUCUAUGUUCACUUUCAACUUUCUACCUUUACACACACUCUCAAACUCAUCCACUAACCUUUGUAAUUUUUCUUUUGAUUAGAAUCUCCCAUAAGCACAGUAUCAUCAGCAAAAAGUAACUGUGUUGAUUUCCCAUAAUUUAAUCCCACCCCUCUCCUGAACACCCUAGCAUUUACUUAUUUUACAACCCCAUGGUGACAUUAUACAUCCCUGUCUAAGACCUACUUUUACCGGGAAGUAAUCUCCCUCUCUCCUACACACCCUAACCUGAGCCUCACUAUCCUCUUAAAAACUCUUUACAGUAUUUAGUAACUUACUACUUGCAACAUCUGCCACAUUGCUCCCCUAUCCAUUCUAUCAUGCCUUUUCUAAAUCCGUUAAAUGCAAUUUAAACUUCCCUACGUUUAUCUAAAUACUGUUCACAUACAUGCUUCCAUGUAAACACUUGAUCUACACAUCCCCUACCCACUCUAAAACCUCCUUGCUCAUCUGCAAUCCUACUCUCUGUCUUACCUCUAAUUCUUUCAAUAAUAACCCUACCGUACACUUUUCCUGGUAUACUCAGUAAACUACUACUACUAUAAUUUUUACAAUCUCUUUUGUUCCCCUUCCCCUUAUAUAAAGGAAAUAUACAUGUUCUCUGCCAAUCCCUAAGUACCUUCCCCUCUUUCAUACAUUUAUUAAAUAAAAAUUCCAACCACUCCAACACUGUAUCCCCCCUGCUUUUAACAUGUCAUGAUCCUGUCAAUUCCAGCUGCUUUACCAACUUUCAAUUUUAUCAACUUCAGUUUUAAGAGAAAAAUACAAAUUUCUUCAUUUUCAGUACUGAUAGGGCAUGUCAGAAAGGUAAGGAUCAGGAAUACUAGAGCUCACCUGAAAAUUAAGAGGCAGGUGAAUCAUAGGAAUGUUAGGAAACAUUUUUUUUUUUUACUGGCCUCAUUUUUUUUAAGAAAAAAGUGAGGAUGCAUUCCUAGAUUUUCCUGUCUUACAUUGACAGUUGAAUCAUGUAUGACCCUGUCUCGUCUAUUUUCCCAUAGGUUAGUACAAACUUGUCUGGCACUUCUGGCUGAAAAUUAGUACUUUCCAUGGUGGAUCAUCCACUGAACUAAUCCCCCUAGUUGUACUUAAGCCAGAAGAUGCUUCAUUUCUUUGUAGUUAGAAGUUUUUGCAGUUUAAAUUGAAAAUCAGAAUAUAGUUGUGCUUGUAUAAACCACCAGAUGCAACUUUCCAGCAGUUCAAAGACCAGCUUUGGAAAUUGAAUACUGUCUUGAAAAGCUAUCAAACCCAACCCCCAAAAAUGGGACUCAAAGUGAGCAAAAUUGCCAAUGCACAGAUUGCACCCAGACUGCUAACUUUGGGCCUGUGUAAUUCCAUAAAUUUUCCAUCAAAUUUCAUACUUCUGGUGCCAUUACCUUCAGAAAAAGAAUCUACCAUUUCAGAUUUUUUUUUAGGGGGGGGGAUGUGGAUACUAAGAGCAAUAUUAAUUUUAGGGGUCUGGACAGUGAAGGGGUUAAACAUCUAAAUAAUUAUAUCAGUAACUGACACCCAGUAUGCGUUUUUAUACAAACACAGGGGAAGGGGAAAGGAGUUAAACCUGUAUCACAUUUACUGGAAAGCAUUAAACCCAUGGGGGUCUUGCAGGGCUUGAGGAAUGAGAGGUAAUCAGGUUUGAUCCAAGGAAGGGUAAUGCCAGUAUCUUGACUUAUUCUCUUGUGUUCAUUAUUUUAAGAUGUUGCAACUAUUUCCAUUGAAAAUACAUUCAGCUGCAGGUACCAGUCAAUAUGUUCAGUGAUUAAUUUGGCAUGCCAGGAGCUGUCCACUUCCAGCAUUAAAAUUGAAUCAAAUUUCUGCAUGUAGAAUUCGUUUCCCAUUUCUUGUUUUAAACACCUUGAUAAGCCGUCUGAUUGCCCCCUCUGCAAGCCCCACUCUUCACCACUAUAUAUAACUGAAACUGAUAUAUCACCCCUACUUUCACUAUUUAUAAUUAUGGGGAAGCACUAAAUCCAUACUUUUCUCUUUAGCACAUGAAUAAUAAUUAUAAUAAUCAAAAAGAAGUGCUAAACCCAGGGUCAUACAGCUCUGUAGCACAUGAAUAAACCUUCAU